AUGUCUUCGGACCAGGAUGCGAAAGUCGACCUUGGGUCUUUGACACAUCGCCGCGAGAAACUACUUCUACGAACCGUCGACCCCUCCACAGGUCUACCAAUCUGCCCGUCAUGUAACCUCCCACGGCUCCUGGAUCCUCCUCUAGCAAACGCGAACCCUCCCAAGAAGAUACAAUACUGCACACACAUACCCUGGUCCACACGACCUGGCCACGACAUCUAUGGAAAUCCAUUCCCAGUGGCUGGCAGUGACAAGCCACCGACCAAGAAAGAGCGCGAGAGGAUGAAGGCCGAAUCGAACGCUUCCAAAGAGAACGGUACCGCACCUCCCUCGCCUUCGGCAGAACAGCCCAAUACAGGUGGUCCUGUUGACAAAAAGGCUGCCAAGGUCGGCGAAAGACUAAAGGGCGGCACAUACAUCCCAUGGCAUACUUGUCCGUCUUGCAAGCGCAGUCUACUCAUCACGCGCUUCGCCCAACACUUGGAGAAGUGUCUUGGAAUCGGAGGUAGAGGUGCUAGAGCCGCCCGCCUCAACAAUGCAAACGGAGCAUCUCCACUCGGCAGCAGAGGCGGUACACCGACACCAAAUUCACGUGGUUCGAAGAACGGAGACGACGAUGAGGACGAAGACGAUGACAAAUCCGGAGGAGUGCGUAAGAAGGUACUCAAACGAGGACUCAAGGAAAGCAUGAAGAAAGACGUCAAGGGUUCAAAGCUUGGAAAGCGUCCGGGCAAGUCAGAUUCAAAGACGGACAAGAGAGAAAGAGACGAGCUCGGAGACGACGAAGACAACACACCCCUACGCAAACGCAUGAAGCUGCAGAGAGUUGGCAGUACAGCAAGCUUACAGACCAGCAUUGCUGGUGAAGAAAGCGUCGACGGAAGUUUCGUCGACGAUAACGACAGUGCAGGCGAUGAUUAG